GCAAUUCUUCAGAGUCGCCAGAUUGAAAUUAAUUGAAGCCAUAAACAUGCAGCUUUUCACACGAGUUAUCCUCUUGGCCGUCACCGUUUUCAGCGUCAGUGCCGUGCCGCGUUUCGGAGAAGAUGUUGGUCUGGAGCAGGUCCUGUUUCGCAUGGUCCUGGGAGAGGCUGAGGGUCGGGGUCUGACUCCUGCUGCCCAGACUUGUGCCGACAUCUACGUGAAUGCCACCGGGAAGUAUGGCGAUAAGUUGGCCAAUGCCACCACCGCUUGCGAGGAGGCAGCCGAUCGCACCAAUGGUGCCAACACCCAGGUCACCAACGCCACCAUCAACCAGAUCCGAGUCCAGUUGUUGACCCUGGAGCAGAACCUGCAGCUGUGCCGCAACGAGACCGACUCGGCAGUUUUCCUGAACUGCACUGUGACCUCUUUCGACAAGAACCUCCAGCUGCUGGACACCUCCAACUCUCAGGCCUACCGAGCUAAGUCCCAGUUCGUUUCCAAUGCCACUCAGGUGAAUGCCGAGAAGUCCAACUGCAUCAGCUCAGCUGUCAGCGAGGCCAAGGUUCAGUCCAUCCAGGCGGCCAAUGACUUCAAUUCGUGCCUAGACAAGAUCCCCACCCAGCGUGAGGUGCCCCAACAGAAGGAGCAGCAGAAGAAGGAGCUGCAGCUCACCCAGGUGCCCAAAGAGCAGGUGUCGCAGAUACCCCAGCAGAAGUUCGAAGAUCUGCCUUUGACCAACUAAGUUCAGAGAGAAAUAAUUAAUAAACUGUUCAACUUCACAGAGAUCAA